AUGAAAUUCAUCGUGUUCUUAGCGGUAAUAGCGGCUGUUAGCGCCCGUGCCAAGGUGAAAUUCGCCUCGCAAUUUUUUGUACAGAUGUCGAAUUGCACCUACGACACUUUACUGAACAACCCGCACAACAUCCUCAUCGUCGAUCCCGAUGAUGUCCGACUGACCGCUGAACAGAACGAGGAACUAAAAUACCAGGGAAAGCUCGUCUUAGCCUAUGUUUCGGUGGGGCAAGCCGAAGAAUUCCGCGCCUACUGGUCUGAUGAAGAGAUCGACAACGAGCAAGUGGAAGAAAUCUACAUCCGCGAUGACCCCACCUACCCCGACGGGAAAGUGGUACGCUACUGGAACCCCGUGUGGCGCGAUAUGCUCAUCGACUACAUGAUGAACAACGUCAUCCCGUACAAUUACUCCGGGGUGUUCCUAGAUUAUCUCGGGAAUUAUGAGCAGUUCCCCGAAAGACCGACGGCCGCUGCGGACAUGGUCCAGCUUGCGCGCUCUGUGGCGGAUGCCGUGCGGGAGCACGAUCAGCUCGGUUUGGUGGUGGUCCAUGGAGCGGCGAAACUGUGGGAUGAGAAUGACCGGAUGAAGAAGUUUGUGGAUGGAUUGAGUGAGGAGAAUGUGUGGUACGGGUUUGAUGGGGUACCACGGGCCACCAAGUACACCCAGAGUGUCCUGGAGGUGCUGCGGAAGGCCAAUAAGGCCAAGAAGAUGACGCUGGUGGAGCAGUAUGUGGAGAAGAAGACGCAGAUUUGCUCGUUUUAUAAGAAAUGCUUCCUGGAAGAACUGACGUGUGGGGUGUUUGACCUGCAAGUCACCGGCAUUGUUCGGGAUUGCGAAUUUUAA